CGGAAGAUCCAACAAGUUUUUAGAAAAUUUAUCAACAUUGCCUUUAAUUUCCAAGUUAACAAUAAACAGAAUACCUAAAUUGAAGAGUAAGGAAUUUGGAAACCUUCAUUAUGAGUUCCCUAACUUUAGAUGAUAAAAGGACAUUGCUUGGUAAGCAGUUGACACUGGGUUAUCAAAAAAUAAACAGUUUAAAUGCCAAGACUAGAAAAGUAAAAGCUGCACAAGGAUUUGUGAUGAUGAAAAGGGACAAGAUUAUGAGGCAUGUUGAGGAACAUGUUAAAAGAUUGGUCAAUUCUUUAGAUGAGUUGAAACACAGAUUUGAAGAUGAUUUGAAGAUACUGGUGGGUGAAAAGAGCGCUGAGUUGGAGUCUGAGUUUGAUGAAAUUCAAGAUGAUGUUUGUAUGUUGAUGGAGAUCUGUGUAGAAUCUGAAAAUACUUUGAAAUUAGGAAAUGAGAAUCUAUUGGACAAACACAGUGAUGCUUUAGUCACAUCAUUCAACAUGUUAUUUGAAACAGAUGAAAGUAUUGUAGACUAUGAUAAAAUGAUAGUGAUGGAUUUUAAACCAUAUGAUUUAGAAAAUUUAAUGUUGAGAAAAGGGUUAGGUUAUGUCAUUACUAGUGAGUCCAACACAGCACAACCUUUAUCUCCUUAUAUGGCAUAUUCAUUCACACAGACAGAACCUGUCAAUCAUAAAGAUAUUGGAACACAAACAUCACCAAAUCCUUGUUUGACUAGAAGACAAAUACCACCUAAUUACAUGCCUCAACAAGCUAUGAAUUACAACAAUAUGUUACUAGCUAGACAAAACUAUUAUCCUCCGUAUUUUACUCCAGGACCAAAUUAUUUCGGCCAUCCAGUUGCAGCGGGUGUUGGAAACCCUUUGAAUAUGAACAACAACUUUGACAUGACUGGUGGAAUACCACAUCCAAAUUCUGCUACUAUGCCUAGAUAUUUUUAUCCUCCAGCAGCAGCCAUGAACCAAAUACCACUGCAAGCAACUUCUUAUGAUCAAAUGCAAACAUCUCCCCCACACCAGAUAUCCCCUACACCUUCUAAAAGAAUUGAUAUAAGGUCAUGUGAUGACCCACCAGUUUCACCAGUUGUAGAAAAACCAAAAGAUUACUCAGAAGCCAUUUUGAAGAAAUUAGCAUCUGGUGGUGGUGAAAGAUAUCGUCCAUUAUUUUCUACUGAUCUAUCCAAUACAGGAACAUCAUUUAGCACUGAAAAUGGAGUUCAGCAGCUGAGGAGGACAGAGUUAUCUGGUGCCAACAUCACCAGAAGUUCCAGUCCAGACCUUAAUUCAUCCCAUCAUAGUGAGCAAGAAAUAUCAACUAAAAAACCACCUAGACUUCCAGGAGCUAAGACAGUGGACAGGCUUCUCAAUGCCAGCAGUAUUAGUGCCAAAAUUAAAACCCCACUAGCUUCAACUCCAAUAUGUGAAGAUCGAGGGAGAAGUAAAUCAUUCAGUGUGAGAUUUUCACCAACUUCGACAUUAGAGUCCAUGAACAACAGCAAGGCAUUGGACUCAUUAAAUACAUCUUAUAUGCCGAAAUCUAUUCAAGAGUUGAAAGACCUGCAAAGGAUGUCAUUUCCACAAGAGAACAGAAAUUCAGAGAUGAAGAAAAAUGACAAGAACAAUGAUAAAUACCAUAAUGGCCAUGAGAAAUCAGAGAUUGAAUUGAGAAUGGAGCAACCGUGGAGAAAUCCGGAAAAUGUAACACAACAAAAAUCCAAGAAAGAUGAUAUACCAGAUGUAAUUAUCAAAAAAGUUGACCUUCCAGAUGUAAUUAUUCAAAAGGUUGAAUACAUGGAUCUCAAUGGUCAACAGAACAAAAAGUCAGCCAAUGAAUCUUGGGAUGAGGAAUGUUUGAUGAUUGAUGACCCACAUUCAUCACGAAAUACAGAAGGACAUGAUGCCCAAGUGAUUGAUCUGACUAAUCCAGAAGCAAGGAACAAUUCCACUCUAUAUCCAAGCUGGAAGAUACAGGAUGACCCAGGAGAAAGAAAGAAAGCUAAAAUGUCUGACAGUGGAAUUGCUGCUGAUAUUUGUCAAAGGUCUGGAACUUGGGAUUCUGAAAUUAAUAAUCCAAAUAGUAAUGAUUGGAAUGAAUCUGAUGAAAAUAUAGAUGGGGCAAACCCUUUAGAAAAAACAGACAGAAGUAAACCAACUUCUGUUAAUUUAGAAGCUGGUGUGGUAAAAUCUAUUAAUUUGUCCCAAUUCAAAUCCAUGUUUGAAAAACACAUAGAAUCCAAUGAUCAUAUACCACAAACUGGACAAACCAGAAGCAGUCAAAGGAGAACAAGCGAG